UGGGUGAAGCUGUCUGAGGUUGCUGUAAAGGGUGCUCAAUAUAACUCCCAUGAACAUCAGCCCCACCCAAAAUGUUUGCAAGGGACCCAGGAGGAUCUCCUCAAAUACAUUUAUGGAUUCCUGGAUGACACAGAGAAGAAUCACCUCAUUUGGCUGCAUGGCACAGCUGGCAUUGGAAAGUCUGCUGUUGCAUUCACAGUAGCUGAGAGGAUGAGAGGUAUAAAAGUGACUGAAGAGACAAACAUUGAAAAGCAGCUAGCAGGGAUGUUCUUUUUCUCGUGCAAGCACACCAAAUGCUGCACAGCUGGAUAUUUCUUCAUGAUGCUUGUCUACCAGUUUGCCACCAAUUUCCCCAGCAUCCAGAAGGAUGUGAACAGAACUAUCUGUGACAAUCCUGCUUUACUAGACCCAGACACACCUCUCUGUGACCAGAUGGAGGCUCUCUUUCUCCAGCCCCUCUGGAAACUUCAACUCAGAUUGCACAGAUGUCCACCUCUAUCAUUUGUGAUUGAUGUCCUUGAUGAA